AUACAGUAUUUACAAAUGGCCAGGCUGUUGACUACCUGUUUGUUGGAAAUAUUGUUUAUACGUAUGUUGUGGUGACCGUCUGUUUGAAAGCUGGCUUAGAAACCACAGCAUGGACCAAGUUCAGUCACUUGGCUGUCUGGGGAAGCAUGCUGCUCUGGCUCGUCUUCUUCGGUGUUUACUCUACUAUCUGGCCUGUCAUUCCUAUAGCACCAGAUAUGCUUGGACAGGCAGGAAUGGUCCUGAGAUGUGGACAGUUCUGGAUCGGUUUAUUGCUCGUGCCCACAGCGUGCCUUGUUAAAGAUGUGGCAUGGAGAGCGGCCAAGCAUACUUACCGUAAAACUUUGCUGGAGCAGGUUCAAGAGUUGGAAGCUAAAUCCAAAGAGCUGAGGAAAUCUAUGCUGCGUGAUAGCAAUGGAAAGAGCAUGAAUGAACGUGACCAUUUGUUAAAACGGCUGGGCAGAAAGACCCCUCCAUGCCUCUUCCGUGCUCAUUCUGUCCAGCAAGGAGUGCCCCAUGGUUACGCUUUCUCUCAAGAGGAGCACGGGGUCGUUUCUCAGUCUCAAGUUGUUCGAUCCUACGACACUACAAAGCAGAGAGCCGGAGUCGAAUAACACGGACUUCUUCCCCGCGAUUGGUGGCUGGAGGAAAGAGAUGUGGAUCAAUGUGUCUACUGUGAAUACACCCUUGAGUAAGGCUGGCAGCGGCAGCGUAAACACCGGAAAACUUUUUACUGUGGCCUUAGCCAACAAGUUUGUUCUCUAUGCUGCUUCCAGAUCUUGAGCACACUUUGGGGGGGUGGGAGCAGUCCUUGCCAGAAGCCAGCUGUUCUUUUGGUUUACAUGGUUUAUGAAACACUUGGCUCUGCUGCCCAAGGUGUGAUGCUGAAAACAUUUUGUUUCUAUUGCCAUUUUUCAAAAGGCAGGGCAAAAGGCAUUUUGUGGUUUUGCAGAGAAAACUUAAAAAAGGUGAUAAGGCCUGUUGCUGAUCUAUCUUUGCUGAAUUCUGGCUUCCCAUUUUGUCAUGACCGGACUUAGCUGCAUGUAUGAAGCCUUUAUAAUACUCACUGUCUAUUUGACUGGAAUGUUUACAGAGACAGGCAAAGAACUACAGAGAAGCCAAUAUAACCGGGGGGUGGGGGGGCAAGGGAGAGGAAAGAAAUAAGGCACCAGAACAAUCAUCAACAGCUUGCCUUGGAAUGGAUCAGCACUAUACAAAAUACUUUACAGAAUUCUUAGCUUGUUUACGCAAACCACACACAGACAUCCACAAUAAUUUACUCUGCUGCAAUACUAUCUAUCACCCGAGUCAUUUGAAUUGGCAGGCCUGCAUCUCACAAUUACAGCUUUUUAUUAAGUCCUGAGAUAGGUCUGAUCUGGUUGGAAAUGGAGGGAAUAUAUAUAUAUAU